AAAAAAAGUAAAAGAGUAAUGCUAGUAUAGUAAUACAAUAAGCCCCAAGAUCUCGCACUUAAAAGACCGCCGAGAGCACAAACCCUACUCCUUCUGCUCUCGACCUUCUCGCUCUCCCACCAGUCAAACCAGAAGCGGCCGCCAUUUCUGCUUUCAGCCUGGUUUGGGAAAAUGGUGAGAGUUAGCGUCUUGAAUGAUGCUCUUAAGAGCAUGUACAAUGCUGAGAAGAGGGGGAAGCGACAGGUCAUGAUCAGGCCAUCAUCGAAAGUGAUCAUCAAGUUUCUUUUGGUCAUGCAGAAGCAUGGUUAUAUUGGUGAAUUUGAGUAUGUAGAUGAUCACAGAUCUGGCAAAAUUGUUGUUGAGCUAAAUGGAAGGCUGAACAAAUGUGGUGUUAUUAGUCCACGAUUUGAUGUUGGCGUGAAAGAAAUUGAAGGAUGGACUGCUAGGCUCCUUCCUUCUAGACAGUUUGGAUAUAUUGUGCUGACAACAUCUGCGGGCAUCAUGGAUCACGAAGAAGCUAGGAGAAAGAAUGUUGGUGGGAAAGUGCUUGGUUUCUUUUAUUAAGCUGAGUAUUAGGAUCUUUUUUGAAUUUUGGCUUUGCUUAGUAGUUUCUUCAACCUUUCUCCCCAAAUCCUCCUUUCAUCUCCCCUAAAGGAAAAAGAAUAUGCUUUUUUUUAUAACGUUUUUAUUGUUAGUUAUAUCUUGUACUUCGACAGAACAUACAGUGUCUUGUCAUCACUAAAUUUUAUGUUUUUGCAAGUUGAGUGAAAUUGUUAGAUAUUGGGUGAUGAAUAGUAUUGUUUGAUAUUGGAUUUUGAUAGCACGUUUUAUUUUAGUUUUUACAUCAAAUUAAUGUGAGAUUUCAAGUUUUAUACAA